AUGCUCAAAUCAAUUUUCAUCUCCGCCCUUGCACUGGCUAUCCCAGUUGUAUGCGGCGAUACUACAGAACCAUCCGCCGUACAGUACUCGCUCGGAAUGGAUUACCGCUGCAAGCAAGACAACGACUACUAUAUCCCAGAUGGCGGCGCCUUUGUCAACAGACUCGGUGUGAAAUUAACACUCGCCCUGGGCGGCAUCGGCUACGGUAUCUACACCAUCAGCAUCCUUCUCUACAAUCACUUUGGAAAUGAUAUCCGAGGUUUCCAUAUCUUUGCUGGUGUUCUUCUUGGAUUCUGUGCGGCGAUGCUGUGGACUGCUCAAGGCACUAUCAUGAUAUCGUAUCCACAUGAACACCAAAAGGGACACUACUUUGCUUGGUUCUGGGGGAUCUUUAAUCUGGGUGCUGUCAUCGGAAGUCUUAUCCCACUUGGUAGCAACAUCAACAGCCAGGGAAACGUAGAUGUCAAUGACGGUACAUACAUCGGUUUCAUUGUCCUUAUAUUCUUUGGGGCAACCCUGGCUCUGUUACUCUGCAACGCAAACGAUGUCAUCCAGAAGGAUGGUUCGUAUGUUAUCUUGAUGAAGAACCCGACAUGGCAAAGCGAACUGCUCGGCUUGUAUGAGACGAUCCGAUUUGAACCCUUCGUCAUCUUCCUGUUUCCCAUGUUCUUUUCGUCGAAUUGGUUCUACGUUUAUCAGCAAAACGCCGUCAACGGUGCGUAUUUUGCGACAAAGGCCAAAGCUCUCAACAGUCUCCUGUAUUGGCUGGCACAGAUUGCUGCUGCUGCUAUUUGGGGAUACCUACUUGAUCUCGAAUAUCUGCGCCGGUCUGUCAGAGCCAAGAUUGCUCUAGUCGUUCUUUUUGCCCUCACCUUUAUCGUGUGGGGUGGAGGCUAUGUGCAUGAAAGAACAUACACGCGAGCAACGACUGAAGAAAUGGGGAAAGAUGGGGGUAAAGAAUGGGAUGAUGCAGGAUAUGCUGGGCCGCUUGUUUUGUACAUCUUCUAUGGCUUCUAUGACGCUGCUUGGCAAGCUACCGUCUACUGGUUCAUGGGCGCUCUUUCGAACUCUGGCCGGCGCUGCGCAAACUACAUUGGUUUCUACAAAGGCAUUCAAUCAGCCGGCGCCGCAAUCUCAAACAACCUUGAUGCAAGAAAGGUAUCUUUCAAAGCACAAUUCAUCAGCAACUGGGUCCUAUUAGCUUCUUCGUUGGUCAUAGCCGCACCCGUCAUCUUUCUCAAGAUCCGAGAUCAUGUCGCGAUGGCAGAAGACCUUGAGGGAACAGAUGAAACCCUAGCGGAUGUCGCUCCGAGAUAUGUCCUCACCCAGAUGGGUCGCAACGCGGAGACUCAUGACAGUAAGGAACCGAAGCAGAACGGUCCCGGGUUUACUGCAGUCUAA